AGUCCGCUCUUCUCUGAUUCUUCAGUCGCUCGUGGACUGUCCACCACAGCGAUCUCUCCCGAAAAUCAUCAACACUUUUAUUUUCCCGUUUUUAAAAAAUAAGUAGUUUUAAUUAUUGGCUAUUUCUUCUCAUUGGUUAAUAUUUGAAUUUGACAUAUCAGUGGCGAGUAAAAUUCUUUUAAACAAAAUGCGCUUCCUGGACAUUUUGACCCUGUUUUUAUUGGCCAAUUUUAGCGAUGGACAAAGGAUUGGAUCGCUCAUGAGGCCUGUUCAUUACGAUCUGGCAUUCCUGCCAAUCAUUAGCGGAGGCGCUCCUCGUUUGUGCGGUCACGUUUUCAUCGAUUUAGAGCCGACUACAACCACUAAUUUAGUGACGUUGCACGGAGCCGAUAUUACCAUCAUCGACGUCAGUGUGGAACAGGUUUUUCUAGUCGGCAAAUUUAAUUCCAGCAACAACAACAAGGAUCGUUUCCUUCAGCUGGAGGAUCUCUGUUUCUCCGGAUUGUUUGAGCUGGUUAACGAAGCCCACACAGUCAUCCAAGAGGAGCCCGAGAAGCAGCAGCUCAACAUCAUUCUCAAGGAGACUUUGAUCAAGGGAAAGAGAUACCGCUUGGGUUUGUUUUAUUUCGCCAAGGUGAACGAUGACAGCAGGGGAUUUUUCCGUGCCAACUACCGAAACGACCAUACAUCUUGCUGCAUACAAGGCUGGUUCGGCGGCACGCAAAUGGAGCCGAGCAGUGCACGCAAAGUUCUACCUUGUUUCGACGAGCCAGAAUUCAAAACGACGUACAACAUCAGUAUCGGCCACGACAAGGCCAUGACUGCUCUUUCCAACAUGCCCGAAACGGACACUCGUCCCAUGGAAAACACGCGUGACUGGAGAUGGACGAGCUUUUCCCGGUCGCCUCCCAUGCCCACCUAUUUGCUGGCCCUGUUCGUAACCGACUACGAAAAAGUGGAGAGGAUUUACAAAGUCUGCAACAACCGGACCGUCAAGAUGCGCUUCUGGGGCCGGCCGAAUCAGCUACCGCAUCUCAAACAAUCGAUAGAUGUCGUUCCGGACAUGUUGCACUACAUGGAAAAAUACGUAGGCCAGCCGUUCACCUUACCCAAAAUCGAUUUCAUCGCCGCUCCGACUCAACUGGAUUUCGAAGCCAUGGAGAACUGGGGUCUCAUCCUCUUUCGUGAGAACCGACUGUUCUUUAAGGAAGGAAUCGAUAGUGAAGGUGAUCGAUUUCAAGUUGUUCAAACGAUGGCCCACGAAUUGGCCCAUCAAUUCUUUGGCAACUUGGUGACUUGCGACUGGUGGUCGGACAUAGCUUUCUACGAAGGCAUGUGCGGAAUAUUCGAGAUCGAGCUGACAAAACACGCCAUGCCAAAUUUGACAUUUCGUGCUGAAAUGUCCCAAGUCUCGGCCAUUCGAUCCGCCAUGAAAAUUGAAGAGCACAUCCAGGCGGCGUCUGUUAUUCGAGAGGUGGAGAAGAUUGAAGACACGGAAAUGAUGUUUGAUCCCAUUACCUAUAAUAAAGGAAGCGGUUUGCUGCUUAUGUUGCGCAACUUUGUUGGACACGACCAUUUCAGGAAUGCAGUCGUCACUUUUAUGGAACGCUAUCAAUUCCAGAGUGUCAACAGUCAGAAAUUCAUGGAGAUUUUGGACGAAGAAGUCCAUCGUAACCGGGAAUUCGGCCGUGGGAUGAACGUUACAAAAAUUAUGAAUUCCUGGACGACCCAGGACGCUUAUCCGAUUGUUCGUUGUACUCGAAUGAGCGACGGACGUCGGAUCCGAUUGUCUCAGUUACCCCAUCCAGUCCUCCGAAACAUCACAACGGAUGAACAUGCCAAUCGCUUGUGGUGGAUCCCCAUCUCUAUGACAGAUGCCAGCCGGCCGGAUUUCAGUCAACAAGGAAAUUAUCCAAGAGUCUGGCUCACCCCGGAGCGUCCUACAUUGGAAAUUCCUUAUUUCCCUCCGGCGUCCAGACAUCACGGCCAGGAGACCGGCGAAGAGGAAAACACCUGGAUUCUCCUCAACGGUGAAUUUUCCGGCUACACCCGCGUCUUGUACGACGACCGAAACUGGAGGCUAAUCUCCCGCCAAUUGGUGCUCAAUCACACGGUCAUCCCGCAAGUGACUCGAGCUCAAUUGAUUGACGACGCUUUCACGCUGGCCCUUGCCGAACUGAUGGACUACCAAGUGGUUUUGGAACUCAUCGAGUAUUUGACGAUGGUCAACGACGAGUUCGUCCGCUCUACCGCCCAGUUCCAUUUGCGAUGGAUGAAGGAGCGAACCCGACAAAACGGAUCGCUAGCGGAACUUUUCGACGAUUACAUGGAGAAAUUGAAAUUCGAAAGGAUGGACAUUGAGGAAUCAAAUGAAAAUAACAAUUUGAUUCGAUCUGGUGGGUUCGACCCUUUCGACUCAGCUGGUUGUCUGCAGUGGAGUGAAGGUGUUUGUGUAGAUAAAAUAUUCCGGCUCUUCCAGGCUCAGAUGGAUGACAACAUCAGCCCAGAGGGGAAAAGGGUGAUGACGGAGAAUUUGGAACGGAAUUGGUGUCUAGUAAUGCGUUACGGAGGCAAAGACGAAUGGAAAUGGGCUUGGCGGAUGAGUCUCAACGACGUCUGGGCAUCUCAGCGGAGCAAAAUCUUGUCGGCCAUGAGUUGCAGCCAAGAUCAUGGCCGAUUGAAGCAGCUCCUCUCGCGUGUUUUCCACCCAACAAUCCAACAGGCUUCACGCGAUUCCUUGGUCAUGAUUGAAAAAAUGGCUGACAAUCCGCUAGCCCGCCCCAUGGUUUUGAAUUUCAUCAAGACAAACUGGGAGAGACUUGGACGACAUUUUAAGCGAUCUGGCGAUAAUUUGAAGCUACUCACAUCGGCCUCCAAAUACCUGAGCACACCGGAAGAAUUGAACGAGAUGUCUCAGUUUGUAGCCGACCUUGAAAAAAGAGAUAAGAAACUUGACCGCUCCGUCACGGCUGGCAUUCUGGACGACAUUCGUGCCAACAUUCGUUGGGCUGAAAAGCACUCGGAACAGGUCUAUUCGGUUCUGGAAGCUCGGAGAGUCACUGGGCGUACGAAGAAAAUCGGUCCACUGAAGCGUGAAUGAACCCUCAUCAGCAUCUCUGUCUUAUCUGAUUCGUUCCGUUUGUUAUUUCAAAACUUAUUGAUGGCGCUUGGGGUGACUCAUUGGGGAGAUCGACAGGAAAAACUUAUCGUCUUGCGUAUCGUAUUUAAUUUGAUUUUUAUUUGCCAAAUGUCUGAAACGAUUUCAUAUCCGAAUAAAAUUAGAUGUACAAGAG